CUUGCAUUUAUCCUCGUCCUCCUCUCCCGGAAUGCGGUCCAUUCGCCUUUGAUAUAGGAUUGGAUUUCUAUACCGUUCGUGGCGUGUGGACACCCUGAGACCAGUGAAUUAUUUGCCUGGAGCUGGGGACGCCUCCUUCGAUUCUUUGUUUCUUUGUGAUCUUGACAAAUCCACUCUCUAGUGCCGACAAAACACCGUGCCAUUUAAUUGCCAGCAUCAAGACUGAUUUGGAGUGAAGCCACCUGGUGUUUUCUUACACGCUGCUCUCCAAAAUGGCUUCUUUACCCCCUCUCGACCCAAUCAGUACGAAUGGGGACCGUGGCAAAAAAGUCGCUUACUUCUACGAUUCUGAUGUGGGCAACUAUGCCUACGUCUCCGGGCACCCUAUGAAGCCUCAUCGCAUAAGGUUGACGCACAGCUUGGUGAUGAACUAUGGCCUCUACAAGAAAAUGGAGAUUUACCGUGCGAAACCCGCCUCGAAGUACGAGAUGACCCAAUUCCACACGGACGACUACAUCGAAUUCCUUUCGAAGGUGACGCCAGAUAACAUGGACUCUUUCGCGAAAGAGCAAAGCAAGUAUAAUGUCGGUGACGACUGUCCCGUCUUCGAUGGUCUCUUUGAAUUCUGUGGUAUCAGUGCGGGUGGCAGUAUGGAAGGCGCGGCUCGGCUUAAUCGCAACAAAUGCGACAUCGCCGUUAACUGGGCCGGUGGUCUCCACCACGCCAAAAAGAGCGAGGCUAGUGGAUUCUGCUACGUGAAUGAUAUCGUCUUGGGUAUCCUCGAACUGUUGCGUUUCAAACAACGAGUUUUGUAUGUCGACAUCGAUGUCCACCAUGGUGAUGGUGUGGAAGAAGCCUUUUAUACCACGGACCGUGUCAUGACCGUCUCUUUUCAUAAAUACGGAGAAUACUUCCCUGGAACCGGUGAACUUCGCGAUACCGGAGUUGGACACGGUAAAAAUUACGCCGUGAACUUCCCGCUGCGCGAUGGCAUUGACGAUGUCUCGUACAAGAGCAUCUUUGAACCUGUGAUCCGAAGCGUCAUGGAAUGGUACCGCCCAGAGGCUGUGGUUCUGCAGUGUGGUGGCGACAGUCUUUCUGGAGACCGCCUGGGAUGUUUCAAUCUGAGUAUGCGAGGCCAUGCCAACUGUGUCAACUUCAUUAAGAGUUUCAACUUGCCGACCUUGAUUCUUGGAGGUGGUGGUUACACGAUGCGAAACGUGGCACGGACCUGGGCUUUCGAGACCGGUAUCCUUGUGGGAGAUUCCCUGGGCGCCGAGCUUCCCUACAACGAUUACUAUGAGUACUUUGCCCCCGAUUACGAAUUGGACGUGCGUCCGUCGAACAUGGACAAUGCAAACACCAGGGAAUACCUCGAUAAGAUCCGCGCUCAAGUCGUCGAGAAUCUGAAGCGAUGCGCUUUCGCGCCUUCUGUGCAAAUGACCGAUGUACCUCGGGAUCCUCUGGUGGAAGGUAUGGACGACGAGGCGGAUGAUGUCCUUGACGACUUAGAUGAAGACGAAAACAAGGAUAAGCGAUACACGAAACGACGCUUUGACCAAUACGUCCAAAAGGAUGGCGAACUCAGCGAGAGCGAGGACGAGGAGGAGAAUGCAGCUCAUGGUAUCCGUCGGCAGCCCAAUGCGUUGAAACGGAGAAACCAGGUAAAUUACAGGCACCUCGACCCUGCCGAUUCUGGACCGGAAAGUGGAAUGGCAACCCCCCAGGACGCAUCUUCCAUUCCAGACGACGAUAUGGAUACUACUGCCGAUGCGAAGAUGGGUGAUGCACCAGAACUCGAGACGGAAAUCGCCGGCUCUCCGUCCGCCGCUGCCGAGCCGCCAUCGAGGGCCGAGGAGGGGUCUACUGCUGAGAAAACCGACAUGGCCCUUGAUGAUCGGGAUCAAACCGCCGCAUCCGCUCCCAUCUCUCGCCAGCCCACCCCCAAGGCACAAGAUGAAGAUACUGCCAUGGAAGAUGUAAGCGAGGCCGCUCCAGAACCCGAGAAGACAGAGCAAGCGGCCGCAGCCACUGCCCCAACCGAAGGUCAAGACGAGGAAAAGAAGCCCGCCGAGGAGACGCCCGCCCCUGAAAAGCCUGCUACGGAGCCGUCAUCACCGGGAAAGGCUGGAUCUCCUGCGAAGGAGAGCGCCGAGCAACCGGAGCCAACGCCCUCGGUGAAGGAGACCGAGACCUCAGAACCCGCGGAAACGAAAGAGAAAACACCUGAGGCUCCUAAGGAAGAACCGGCUGCUGACCAAGCGGAACCGGAGGCAUCCAAGGAGGCCAGCAAAGACACUGCCACGGAACCACAACCAGAAGAGCCUACAAAGAGCGAGGAAUAAGUCUCGGCAUCUUGCAGAGGCGUUUAUACUUCAGGUUCCUUGGCGCAAGGGGUUGGCAAUAUGGUGUUUUCUUUCUAUUUUUGGUUAAGACUUGGCUCUGUUUAGUAGUUUGUCGUUUCCAGUAGGGGUUUCAUUUUUUACUGUCUCUUCUUAUUUCAUUUUCUUUUAUAACCUCACAUACCUUGUGCAUUAAUUGAUCCCUGUCAAAGCUUCGGAAUAUGUAUGUACAGUGACCUACUCAGAAGUCAGAGCUGCGGUAGACCACCCCGCCCG